GGGAUAGCAAAAAGUUUGUCAUGUGAUUUUCGUGGUUUGCGGGGUCUCUUAUUAUUCUUUUAAUUCAGAUUCGUAUUCCUCUUUCGCUUACGUAUUUAUCCCGAUUUCGGAAUAUCGCAAUUUCCAAUCGUGAAGUAUUAAAGAAGAAUUUUGGAUCUUGGCUGCUGGCCAUCUGCGAGAAUAACUUGACGAGAGCUUACUGUGUUUGCAGGAUUCAGAAUUGAUCUCGUUUGUGACGGUUUGUGUCAGUGUGGACUGUGGAGUGACAAACUAACCAAAAGAGAUCUACCUAGUUAUUGUGUAAUCAUCGAUCAUGACCCAAGCUGCGAAAGGCAAACUGAUUGCGAUAAUUGGGGAUGAAGACACUAGCGUGGGCUUCCUCCUUGGUGGUAUUGGAGAACUGAAUAAACAGCGCCAGCCUAAUUUCUUCGUUGUCAACAAGAACACAGCUGUUAGCGAGAUUGAAGACGCAUUUAAAGCCUUCUGCAAGAGGGACGACAUUGGUAUCAUUUUGAUAAGCCAGAAUAUUGCUGAAAUGAUCCGCUACGUUGUGGACAGUUAUCAUCAGACAAUUCCCACGGUUCUGGAAAUUCCUUCUAAAGACCAUCCUUAUGAUGCCACCAAGGACUCCAUUCUUCGUCGCGCUAAGGGAAUGUUUAGCUCUGAGGACUUCCGGGCCUAGUCGUCGGUGCAGGAAACAAGAAAAAUCAUUCCGAUAGAGUAUAUUAUGAAUUUAGGAAAUUUUAGCAGCUUAAUCCGGUUGCGCCUAUGUGGGAGAUUUGUGCGUGUAUUGGUUGUGUGCCUACUUGCAGUUAGUUAGUGCAUGAUUAUUUCUGUUGACUGUGGGUGAUGCUCGAGUUUAUCGUUUUGCGAUUCUCUAACAAUUUUACCGUAAAUAUCAACAUGUGGUUCUAAAUUCAAACGGUCGUUCCGGGUCUUUCGAUUACUUUGAUCUGGUUUCGUUACCUGUAACUUAAUCCGCGUAAUAAAAUCAGUAUGUGCA